AUGAACGGCCUUGAUGUCAGGUCCAGCCUGUCCUCGUACGGCGACCCCAGGCACUCAGCCUCCUACGGCGCUUCGCAACCGCCCCCAACCGGAUUGCUGAUGAACGGCUACCGCGAUGCGUCCGGACCCCAGCAGCCACUGGGCAAGUCCCAAUUCAAUCCGCUGAACACGAACCUACCCCGGAACUCCGCCGUCCUCCACACCCAUGACCCCGUCGCCAUGUACCUGCUCACGGAGACCGCCAUGAGCGACAGCACCCACUACGAGAUCCUGUCGUUGGAGGAAGUGGAAGGACUGAAAAAGGAGCAGAAGUUCGUCAACAGUCGCCUGAACGCCGCGAAACGCAAACUGGCCCUGGAGACGAAAUUGCGCGACGCCGCCAUGUCGCUGAGCCGGCUGUACACGCCCAAGAGUCCCUCCUUCAACGGCCGGGAGGACCCCGAAGCCUCCUCUCCGCGGUCCCAACGAAGCCUGCUCGGACACAAUGAGACCACCAUGGACAAGACGGACGAAGAGCUGGCGCUGAGCACCCGCAAGUGCGAAGAGCUUUCGCAGGAGAUCUGGGACCUGGAGCGCCGGCUGCAGCAGGUCAAUAGCCGGCUGCUGGAGCACACGGCUGGGAUCCUGCAGAUGACGCACAAGGGCUUGAAGAAGAAUCUCAAGAAUAAUGUGCCCCACACCCCGGAGAGUCUGUCUAGCCAUCACACCCGAGAUAGUAUCGAUGGGUUUGAUGAUCGGAGCUUCUACAAACCGUCGGGUCAUCUGGAAGAGCACACCGGACAGGGGCUGCAUGGACUUGGGUUGGAGGCUGUUCAGGAUACGGAGAAACGGUUGGAGUAUCUGAGUGGGAGGGUGUAUGACUUGAUCCUACAGUCUAAUUCUGCUGGAGAGCUCGAGCCAGUCCCGCAGCCACCCCCUGGGGCUACUCCAACUGCAGCGAUGGAAGCGUACGUAGCUUAUAUUGAGAAUGCCCUGGAAAGUCUUAGUGCGCACCCCGCAGGCAGCCAGUCUCAGACACGGUCUCUGGAUGAUGAGUCCGGGCAGCAGCUCGGCGAGCUCAACGCGCGACUCCAUCAGAUUGUCCAGCAAUCGGGCAUGCCGGGCGCCCAGACUCUUCCUCCGCCGCCCGACUCUUCCAGCGCAGACCAGACGGAGCAUUUCUCUUACCUCCAUGCCGGUCUCAAUGGGCUGGAAGACCGACUCGAGAAGCUCUUCGAGCAGAAGAGCAUCUUGACCACUCAAAUCCAACAGCAGCGCGAAUUGAACUCCAAGUCCGACGCCGAAAGAGACGCACACAUCGCGGACCUGAUGCAACAACUGGCGCAUGUCCGGAAAGACCUCGAAUUCUCCGAGAACGAGGGCCAACGGACGAGAGAUGAUCUGGAAGACGCGAUGAACCAAGUAGCGACCCUGCAAAAAGAGCUGGCAGACCAUCAAGAAAAGCACGUCAUGGAGGAUACCUCGAAGGCUCUGACCACGGAGCAGGAAGCUCGUGCGCGCGCCGAAGCUGAGGUUGAACGCUUGGAAAAGGUCCUGGAAGAUCUCAAGAGGGAACAGGAUGCUCAGGCUCAGGCUCAUGAGGCACGCGCGCACGCCGAGAGUGAGGUCGCUCGUCUGGAAGCCCACAUCGGAGAAAUCCAAUCACACCAUGAUGCUCGCCUUGAAGAGCUCACCACUGCACGUUCCGCGGCGGAGAGUGAAACGACACGGUUGCAGGCGGCCCUUGAACAACAUCAGAGUGAGGCUACCCAGUUGCAGGCGGCGCUUGAGCAGCAUCAGAGUGAAGCCACUCGGUUACAAGCAGUGCUCGACCAACACGGGGAGGAAGCCGAUUCCAAGAGCAGAGCGCUUACAGAAGCUCAUCUGGAACAGCUCCAAUCACAAGCCGACGCUCACACGGAGGAGCUGACUGCCUUGCGCUCAAAGACCGAUGGCGAAAUCACGCGUCUUCAAGAGAUCAUUGACGAACUCCAGAGUACGGCAAACAAUCAAGCGGAGGCCACGGAAGCCCGUCAGCACGCCGAGCAACAGAUCUUGGAGUUACGAACUACGCUCCAGCAGACCCGCAAUGAGGCAGAUGCUCAAGUCAAAGAGGCUCUCGACGCCCGAGCGCAAGCCGAGAGUGAGGUUGCUCGGCUGGAAGAAUCCCUGGCUCAAUUCCGCGUCAGUGUGGAAGCUCAGCUGAAAGAGGCCACAGAUGCCCGCAUCGACGCCGAGAACGAGGUUGCACGGCUAGAGACCGUUCUAAGUCAGCUCCGCGCCGACGUCGAAGCUCUGGAGGCUCGCGUCACGGAAGUGACCGUGGCGCGCGCUGAAGCAGAGAACAACUCGUCACGUCUGCAGGCUGAACUGAGAGAGAUGGAGGGUGAAGUCGUCCGUGCCCAGACCGAGCUGACGAUGGCCAAGGCGGAGCUGGACGGUGCAUAUGGGUCGCGAGCCCAGCGAGCGGCCGACAUCGCCGCGAAUCCUGCCAUCCAGAGGGAGUUUGAUGAGCUGAACACGCGCAACCUGGAGCUGGCCGAAGAGCUUGCAGCCCUCAAGGCGGGCAAGCCUGGUGGUGAUCUCCAGCACCGGGUGGACUUGCUGGAGAGAGAGCUCCGAGAUACAGUGGACGAUUACGAAGUAAUGACCAAGGCCAGCAUCGAGUUCGAAAAAGAACGCGAGCAGUUCGAGGGAGUCAUCGAUACCCUGCGCGACCGUUGUGAACAACUGGAGACGCAGCUCAAUGAGGAACGAAUCAACUGGAUGGGCAGCGGACGCGAUGGCCAUGAGACCACUUCUACCAUGGUGCUCAAGAAUGAGUUUAAGAAGAUGAUGCGAGACACGCGGUCCGAGAACCUGAAGAUACGCAAGGCGGAACACGACGAACGCCGUCGGCUGGAGGCUCAAAUCCGAAAUCUGAACAAGGAUAUUGCGAACUUGACUGGCAAGCCGCCCUUGGGCCAGCCUGUCGUCACAGCUUGA